UACACGAUAAACUCGUUUAUCGUAUAGGCCGAUUCCACAUAAGUGCUGUGGCGUGCUGUGACGUGCUGUUCGUUGCUUUUUUGUGCUGUCUCGUGCGUUCAUUUUGGAGCAGUGAGAAACGUAUCUCUACAAUGUUUUAUAUGCAUGACUGUCGAUACGUGGCAACGUUGCUUCCGUUUUGAAAAGUUUUCGUUCAGUAUAACACAUGGGUUAAAACCGAUUAUUAUUAUUUAUUUAUUAUUAUUUCAAGAAAGAAAGUUUCUAUUUAACAAAAAAGCGUGACUUUUUUUCAAAACGGGUCUUCAAAGAAACGUUAAUUAGCCUUGUGAUCAAUACCAACAAUGCAGAUUGAAAAAUUAGAAAAAGUGCGAAAGUGUUUGUUGGUACAACAAUUAUUAUUGAGAACGUUAAUUAACAUAAAAAAAUUGAAAUUGCUCAAAAAGAAAAUAAUACUAAGAAGGUGGUGGGUGAAACCACAUUUAUAUCCUGAUGUGAGAAAUCUUGUAGGAGCAUAUGAAUUAUUAUUCAAUUAUUUUAAACUAAGAAAUGGUGAAGAGUUCUAUGAAUUUACCCAUAUGAGUGUACAGAAUUUUUAUGACUUAAUCUACUUAGUUAGUGAACGUUUGCAAAAGCAGGUUUGUCGAAGACCACCAAUUCCUCCAGAAAUACGUUUAGCAAUAACACUACAUUACUUAGGACAUGGAGGAAGUGUUUCUAGUGAAGCCAUGUAUUUUAGAGUUGGGAAGUCAACAAUGUACGAUAUUAUUGCUGAAACGUGCAAUAUCAUACAGACAACUCUGUUAAAUAUAUAUGUGAAACCCCCAGACGAAGCUGAAUGGCUUCAAAUAGCACAGGAUUUUGAAGAAAAAUGGAAUUUUCCUAAUUGCAUUGGGGCUCUCGAUGGAAAACACAUAGAAAUAAACAGACCAGCUCAUGGAGGUAGCCUUUUUCAUAAUUAUAAGAAUUUUGAAAGUGUAAACCUUAUGGCUGUAAGUGAUGCACACUCCAGAUUUAUCUGGUUCAGUGUUGGAGACUGCGGUUCAUUUAACGAUGCUAGUGUUUUUGCCGCAACAGAUUUCUCAAGAAAGUUAUUUAACAAUGAAUUAAAUAUACCUAAUUCUAGGUGUUUGACAAAUACAAAUAUCCGAAUGCCAUUUACAUUAGUAGGAGAUGAAAUAUUCCCCCUUGGUCAUCACCUAAUGAAACCAUUCAGCAGAAGAUGUAUCAAUAGCGUCACCCAAAGGAUCUUCAAUUAUAGGCUAAGCCGGGCCAGAUUUACAAUAGAAUGCGCUUUUGGCAUCCUAUGCGCAAAAUGGCGAGUUUUAAAUCGUGCAUUAAAUUUUAAAUUGAAAACCACAAACAAUAUAGUUGCUGCUUGUAUUUGUUUGCAUAAUUAUAUUAUAACAAGAAAUCGACCACAUUUGAAUAAUAUGCAUAAUGCUAACAACAGAAGAAGAGAGGAUGAUGAUUAUGCUCAACUAAUUCAAGGAUUGCCAAGAGAUGCCCCUGCUAUCAUUCGGAAUCGUUUUGCUGAAUAUUUUGUCUCCGACGUAGGAUCCAUUCCAUGGCAAUAUCAGUAUAUCUGAUAUUACAUUUGCAGUUAUACAUAAUCUGUAUUUGUAAACUUGUAUCUUGUAGAUUAAUUUAUUACACAAUAAAAAUUUCAACAUUA